ACAUUUCCUGUUUAUCGUCUGCCAGCUUCAACACAAGGAAGGGCGACAACACAUCCCAACAUUCGGCUGUCAUCAUGGGAGCUUGUUUGGCCUUAUGCUCUUUAGCCAGUUGUGCCUCCUGUCUGUGUGGCUCAGCGCCAUGUCUGCUGUGUGGCUGCUGUCCCUCCUCAAACAACUCCACCGUCACACGAUUGGUUUUCAGCUUUUUUUUGCUGCUGGGGACCUUUGUGGCCGUCAUCAUGAUCCUUCCCGGAAUGGAAGCACAGCUCCGCAAAAUUCCAGGAUUUUGCCAAGGAGGGACGACUAUCCCUGGUGUUGAAAACCAGUUCAACUGUGAUGUCAUUGUGGGCUACAAGUCUGUGUAUCGCAUGUGCUUUGCCAUGACGUGCUUCUUCUUCCUCUUCUUCCUCAUCAUGAUUCGCGUCCGUAGCAGCAAAGACCCCCGUGCUGCAAUUCAGAAUGGUUUCUGGUUCUUUAAAUUUCUGAUCUUAGUUGGGAUUACAGUGGGAGCCUUUUUCAUCCCUGAUGGAACAUUUCACACUGUGUGGUACUAUUUUGGAGUAGUGGGCUCCUUCAUCUUCAUUUUGAUCCAACUCAUUCUCCUCAUCGACUUUGCUCACUCCUGGAACGCAUCCUGGGUAGAAAAGGCUGAAAAUAAUGACAACAAAUGCUGGUAUGCAGGCCUGCUGACUUUCACAGUCCUCAACUACGCUCUGGCUUUCACCGCUGUUGUCCUGUGUUACAUUUACUACACGUUACCAGAUGACUGCACAGAGCACAAGGUUGUCAUCAGCCUCAACCUGAUCUUCUGUAUCAUCGUCUCCAUUGUCGCCAUCCUACCCAAGGUUCAGGAUGCCCAGCCCCAGUCAGGCCUGCUGCAGGCUUCCCUUAUCUCCCUGUACACCAUGUACAUCACUUGGUCCGCCAUGACCAAUAAUCCAAACCGAAAGUGUAACCCCAGCCUGUUGAGCCUGGUGUCAAACGUCAGCACCUCCACGACCCCUACUGACACGGGUCAUUUGCAGUGGUGGGAUGCCCAGAGCAUUGUUGGCCUCGUCAUCUUCUUCCUGUGCACUCUCUACGCCAGUAUCCGCUCAUCCAGCAACACCCAGGUGAACAAGCUGCUGCAAACGGAAGAGGGCGGCUUAACGAGCGGUGACGGCGAGGUGGGAGAAGACGGCGUACGCAGGGCCGUGGACAAUGAGGAGGACGGCGUCACUUACAACUACUCAGCCUUCCACUUUCACAUGUGUCUGGCUUCGCUCUACAUCAUGAUGACACUCACAAACUGGUACCAACCCGACACCACCACCCAAGCCAUGAAGAGCAGCAUGCCAGCCGUGUGGGUGAAGGUGUGCUCCAGCUGGCUGGGUCUAAGCCUGUACCUGUGGACCCUCAUCGCCCCGCUCGUGUUCCCUGACAGAGAUUUCAACUGAGCAGGUCUUUUUAUCUACAAUUGGCUUUGUUAGCGGCAUAAUGGGAAUGGAAUGGAAAUAAUACAGGAAAUGCAUUGCAAUAUAUAUUAUUUGGUUCUUCUUGGAUUUUACUCCUCAUUUUUUUGAUGAUUCUGAUAAUCAGCUGCAUCUAUCACUUAAGCAUUAAGUUAAUGGGAGCUUUAAGCCGCAAGAAGUUAUUCUGUGCGCUGGUGACUCACCUUGAUAGGCUUCUUCCUGCCACUCUACCGAUAUGUGCUGUUAUCUCUUUGCUAAACUUGACUUACUUGACUAUCAAAUAGACCAGACACUUUCGCAAUUCAAGUACAACCAAUGUUCCAUUUUUAGAAGACGUGUCAAAAACCAGAAUCAUAACGGUUCCGAUUGGCCACAUGUGGAUAACCUUGUACUUUUGAUUAGGUGGGGGUAAAUGAGGGGAAACCUUCUUUUGAGCCCCAGCGAGAGGAGAGUGUGCGAGCGAGAUAAGACUAAAAAUGGCACAGCCCACAGAUGAGGACGAGGGUUCCCUUUUUGCAACUAGACCGUAAACACAACACACGUCUUGAGACUAAACACGUGACUAGUUUUAACGUGGUAUCAUUCUGGUCCACUUAAACCAAGGUCACCUGUUCCCGAUGUAACACCUUUCCCCCGUGUCUGACUGUGUUUGGCCGUGUUCAGCCAUGUUCAACCAUCUGUACCUGCAUAGCAGUAGGCAGGGAGACAUAUUGAUCUUUGGCAGUCAACCCCACGUGAGGUGCACCAGGCUCCUUGUGCUCACACAUAUGUCAUCAUUUCCAAUAUGGCGUGUGAGCGUGAAUGUGUUUUGAUCCGAAUUCGGUGGUCGUGUGAAUUGUUGUGAUUAAAUGGCGGUUACCCGCUUGUCACUAUAACGGGUGCUUGUACCAAUCCCGAAAAGUGUAUUUGUUAAAUUCAUUGAUUAUUUAAAAACUCCACCAUUUUUGAAUGGUUUUUGUUUUGUAUGAAAUAUUUUGGAGUAUUGUACAGUUUUUCAUCAUCACCUCACGCACGUGCAUUAUUAUCAAAGCAGAAAUGCUAGUGUUCUAUAGUUAUAUGUAACAUUUCAAAACACUGUUGAGUGCCUUUUUUUUGUAUUUGUUUAUUAUUUCAUAAGAAUCUGUCAUGCUGAUACUGUAUGAGCUUAUCUUGCCUUACACAUGGUGAGAGGUGCGUGCAUAUGCUUUUGGCAAGUUAGUAUUGUAUGGACAUUGGUUUUAUUUUAAAGAUUAAACACUUUAAUUCAA